AUGUACUUGAAACGACCACCUCUUUCGAUGAUUCAAUGUGAAUCAAUCAUUAGCCGCCUACAAGCACAGGAAUCGUUUCGCCGUGCUCACUUUGCAUGGACAAAGGCGAAUCUCGUCGAACUGGCUCAGCGGCUACAUCUAGGCAGAUACCAUGCGGGUCCUAUCUCAGGUGGACUGGAGAACGGCGUUAAGGUGCAGUGCGUUAUUGAUCGACCCCGCAUGGUAGACCCGAUGGACGAACACUAA